CCCACUACCCACGAAAGGUUUCAUGACGUCUCUGCCUUUUAAUAGGUGAAGAGGCGCAAUACAGUACGAGUGAUCUCCACAAGAGGCCUUGCCACUGAGCAUCGUGUCAAUGCGGUUUGCUCUUCUUCUCCGGCGAAGGCGUCUCCAGUUCCCCAUGCCGUUCAACUCUACUAGAACGAACCCGUCGAACUACUUAGCAGCCCGAAUUACACCUCAGAAACGCUCAGCAAGCCAGGCUGUAUUGCCCAGGAAAGACGAUUCAAGAGACUAUAAACACGUUCGAACUGCCACACAAGACCUGCCAGACGAUAUGCCUGGUCCUUCGGCGAGAGAUAAGGCUCCAAGAGGCCCCAUACGGGGUGGCCGAGGUGGGCGUUUAAAGGCGGACACAUACCGACCAGCGUCCGGUUACAGUCGUUCCGGCCACCCAAUGAAGAGUGUGGGCGGUGAAUCGAGAGGAUUCUCGAGCAAGGCUAUUUUCUCUGAACCAUUCAUGGACGAAGCUUACAUCAAGCAGAAGUAUGCGGAUGUCGAUAUAGGAAACGUCAAGGGAUCGAAGCUUAGUGCAGAUUGGCAGAGGAAUCCGAAAUCUGCGUUGUUCAACUUCAUGCAAACGCAACUUGGCCGAACUGCCGAACUCGAUGUUGAGGACGGAACCAUGGAUGGGGCGAGGAUGGCAAGAGUUAAAGUAAAUGUGGUCGAUGAUGUGGUUGGUGUGGGCGACGCAGGUACCAAGAGACAUGCGGAAAAAGCAGCUUGUCUGUCAGCUUGCUAUGAGAUAAUAUCAAGGGGAAUGCACAUAAGAGAGAAAGCGAAGGAGAAGGAGAACGCGCCUCCAGUAGAAACGCCUACACAAGUUUCUUUAUCCGAUGGAUCUCAAGUCACCUACGAAAUGGCCAGACAGUUCAUGGACUAUUAUUGUCGGAAAUAUCGUUUCAAACAGCCAUUCAUUGAGCUCGAAGAGAUGAAAGGUAGAAAAGGAAGUUGGGAGGCUGUCAUGACGGUCGGAGGACGUCGGAUUGGAAUGGCUGGCGGAAAGUCCAAGAAAGAUGCUUCUAAAGCUUGUUACUUGGAUGUUGUCACCUACCUGGAGGAUUGCGACCCGGCUCUUUGGAGGGAGUUCGUUGCGAAGGCGAAGACGGGCAAGGACUUGGGGUUUGCUUCCAAGGUAUAUAUGCAGAUGUCGGAGCGCCUGGAGGAUGACAUCCGCGAUCUCAACUGGUUGAUGAAGAGGAGCAUGCUAUUUCGCAAUGCACCAGAAGCGGCGGCUGCAGCACAGGCUGCAUAUGUCGCUAAAUCGCCAUUAUCGAGCAGUGGUUAUCAAAAUAAAACCCUGGAGGCAAAAUCCGCAAAACUGUUACGUCGUAGAAAGGCUUAUCUCUCGGACCCUUCUCACGAGAAGAUACGCCAAACGCGCCAGAAUCUUCCUGUGUAUUCGAAGGCAGAAGAUGCACUGAGGCAGAUUGAGGAAAAUGAAGUGAUUAUCCUCAUGGCUGCAACUGGUUCGGGAAAGACGACGCAGAUCCCGCAGCUAAUCCUCGAUUCGUAUAUUGACAGACAGGAAGGAUCUAGAUGCAAUAUAUUUUGCACUCAGCCACGGCGAUUGGCUGCCAUCAGUGUGGCACAACGUGUUGCCAAAGAACGCGGAGAACAAGUCGGAGAAGGAGGUUCAAUUGGGUAUCAGGUCCGCUUCGAGUCGUCUCUACCCGAUGAGAAUGGCUCCGUGACGUACUGUACCAUCGGAGUGUUUCUGAGGCGUAUGCAAACAGCCCUGCAGCGUGGUCAUGACAGGGUUCUCGAUAACGUCACACACAUUGUGGUAGACGAGGUUCACGAACGCGACAUUGAUACGGAUCUUUUGUUGGUCGUUCUAAAGCGAUUAAUUGAGCAUAGGAGGACGAAGGGCAACCCGCUCAAAGUCAUUCUUAUGAGUGCCACAGUCGAUGCCACUUUAUUCCGAAACUACUUCUCAGAUGCAAAUGGCACACCUGCGAGAGUCGUCGAGAUACCAGGCCGUUCCUUCCCCGUGCAGAAGCAUUUUCUUGACGAAUUCCUGCCGUCGAUGAUUCAGGAGUACAGAAAUUGUCGAUGGGUGUUCACAGACGAGAAGGUAGUAAAGUAUAUCUACAAAGAACUUCCUGACGCUGCCCGUCUUCUUCCCGAAUCACCAGCGCUGAGACAGGUCUUCGGAAAGGAACAACGAGAAGAAGAGCUCGAAAUACCUUACGCUUUAGUGGGUUUGACAAUUUCGCACGUCCUCAAGAACUCGGACUCGGGGCAUGUUCUCGUAUUCCUACCGGGCUGGGAAGAAAUACAGAGCGUGCAGAAAUUGCUGACUACUGGAGAAUCUUCUCGACUUUUCGGACUUGAUUUCGGCGACCCUUCAAAGUUUUCCUUACAUGUUCUACACUCAAGCAUUCCUCUGGCCGAGCAGCAAGUGAUUUUCGAUCCGCCUCCUGAGGGCGUCCGUCGCAUCAUCCUCUCCACUAACAUCGCCGAAACGUCUGUAACGAUUCCCGACGUCGUAUAUGUUGUGGACACAGCUAAGAUUAAAGAAAACCGAUAUGAUCCCGAAAGACACAUCUCAUCGCUGGUUUCGGCCUGGGUGGGAAAAUCGAAUCUCAAUCAACGCGCUGGGCGGGCUGGUCGCCACAGACCUGGGGAAUACUAUGGUAUUCUUAGCCAGUCACGAGCCGAUGCUCUGCACCCACACCAAACUGUUGAAAUGAAACGGAUGGAUUUGACCAAUGUUGUCAUGCAUGUGAAAGCCUUGGAUUUCCCUGGUAUGGAAGCAGAGGAGGUCCUGGCAAGGACGAUCGAGCCGCCUUCGGUCGAACGCGUCACCGCAGCCAUGGAGAGCUUAAAGAUCGUUGGCGCCCUGGAUGAAGGGAAAAAGUUAACUUCUCUCGGUCGUCUCCUGCUUCAACUUCCUAUUGAAGUACAGCUCGGUCGUCUUGUGCUUCUUGGCAGCUUCUUCAAGUGCCUUGAUCCAGCCCUCACUUUAGCUGCAAUUUUUUCUAGUCGCGAUCCGUUCCUUUCUCCACCUACAAUGAGAAAAGAAGCGCAAGCCGUGAAGAAUUCAUGGUGCCCUGAAGACUUCCGAUCGGAUGCCAUCGCGAGUUUGAGGGCGUUCGAUGCUUGGUAUGAGUUUGAGAGGCGAGGUGACAUUCGAGGUGGCGCACAGUUUUGCAGUGACAACUUCCUGUCGAAGCCAACUCUGAUGUUGGCUGUCAAAGUGAAGGAUCAUUUACUCAGUUCCCUGGCUCAGACUGGUAUUUUGGAUAUUUCUAAUCUUUCAACCGCCAGUAUUGGCGAUGGCCACAGUAGACGUUCGGCUCGAUCACUCUCAGUACCUCCCGAACUCAACGUUAACGGAGAUUCACUACCCCUGUUAGCUGCAUUAAUUGCAAUUGCCAGCCAACCGAAAUUCGCAAUCAGGGCGGGUCCAAUGACCUACCGGACUGCGAGGGAGAAAACAGUUGUCAUGCAUGCUUCAAGCGUUAACCAUCGGAAGCGUGUUAUGGACGAAAGUCCUGUCGCUCCCAGGGAGAAGCAACUGUUUGCCUACUCCGAAAAACGACAGAAUUUGUCUAUGCCUGGUCAGCCUCCCGGACAGAUGUCUCUGGUCGGAACUACGCGCCUGGACCCUAUGACUUACGUGCUGUUCGGUGCAUACAACAUCGAAGCGUCUGAUUAUGGCCUGGAAUGCGAUGAAUGGCUACCGGUCAUAGGACCUUUCGAUGCAUUGGAUGAUGUACGAAGGUUGAAGCGUCUAAUGGAGGACUGCAUGCUCCGUGUGUUCGAAGGUAUCAACAAUAGAAAUUGGCGAGGUGCCCGGCAGAGUAAACAGCCACUGCAGUCCUCAGGCAAAUAUAUUCCUCCAGCGUUGCGCCAAAACCGAGACAACGACGAAGAUGAGUCUGGCGAUGAGGAAGAGGACUCUGUUGGGAUGUCUCAUGGUCCACUCUCGGACAUGGAGAUGAGGGAACUAAGUCGAUUCACUCAGGUGAUUGUCAACAUUUUGGAUAGAUACGCGGAGGAGCAGCGGGAGAGUCAGUCUCGUCGUAAUUCUCGCCCUGCUACACCGACGCUCACGCCUUCGAUGUCCUCAAGGCCUCUGCCAGGGUCUGGCUGGCGAUCAGGCGCAUCAACUCCGCUCAGAUACGACUCCCGUCCUGGCACCCCGAGUAGGCUCAGCGCGAAGGGGGGUUGGUAAAUUGCCAUCAUUCUACAUUUACAUACUCCCCACUCUUUUCUGCUCUUCUGCUGCUGCAGUCGCAGCAUUUUAUAAUUACUGGUACUUGUAGAAGUAGACGAUCAAUCGUGUUUACGUAAUAUGCAUUCUUGAGUCUAAU